AUGGAUUUCAUCGGCAAGUCUCUUAAUGAUCUUGCUCAGCAGACUCUUUCAGUACCCCCUCUCUACGUUGCCGAAGAAGGUGAAAUAAGACGAAUCAUAGAUGAGAACGAGACGUUUACAAUCAAGGCUUUUGAGGAUAUCAUUCAUCUAUAUGGGGAGUUUCCAUUAGACUCGAAAAUCUUGGCUGUCUCUUUCAGAUCGUCCUAUGGAGCUUUUCUAUCCGCACAUUUUGGAGUUGAAGCAAUGAAGAAAGCGUUUGAGUUUUUCAAGGUCAAAGCACAAGAACAGAUAACUCGAAUCAAGAACGCCAAACCGGGAAUGCAGUACCUCGUCGUUCUUCGCAAGAACUAA